ACAUGAUGAUAGAAAGUUUACUUUUCAACAAUUGGUAUUUCUGAAUUUAGGAUUUUUGUCCAGUAGAAUUUCUGAUUCGGCAAAAUUUUGAGAUGGCACACUUAUCACAAUUGGUUUCUCUUGGAUUACAAAAUGCUCGGCAAACUCUAGUAUCUUGUAAUAAUAAUAAUUUGGUGAAAGUAUGUGUCAGACAUGCUUCAAAGAAAAAUAGUACUAGCACCAGCAACACAGGUGGCCAUCCCAGACCAAAACACAGAGGAUGGAAAAUACAAGAUGGGGGUUACACAUACGGGGGCAGAUUAUUGGUUACACAGCGAAGACUCAGAUUCCAUCCAGGUCUUAAUGUUGGUUUGUCAAGAGACGGAUCUUUAUUUGCUAUAGAGCCAGGCAGAGUGGUAGUAACUUGUGAAAAAGUUGAUCUCAACUGGGAGCACCCUUGGGUUAAACUCAACUAUGCUGGUCGUGAAAAUCAAGUUAUAUAUAAGAAACAUUUUAAUAUUAUUCCUAAACCUCAGCAUAAUAGAUUCAAAUUAAUAGACACAAUCUAAAUAUAUGUAUAGGAAACAUGUAAAAAGUUCUUUGAAUGUCUUAAAAUCUUAAUGUUUAAUAAAUAUAUUGUAAUGCUGUGUUGAUUAUAAAUGUGGAUAUCAUAUAAAAUUGAUUAUUCUAAUCUCUACUAACAGUUUAUAAUAGAAGUUUCCAAGUUGAAAUAUAAUUAGAAUUAAUUUUUCUGGAACCUGUACUUCACAAUUUUAUGAAACAUGCAUUAUAUGUAGACAUCUACAAAAGUCACAUCUCGAAAAAAAAAAA